CACUCAGUCAGUCCCAGAGAGGCACCAUGCCGAGUCUCAUGCGCUCAUGUGCUUUAGUCGUCGCAGUUCUUCUUGUAUCUGGAUGCCGGUGUGAGGAAAAACUUCUGGUCUUUCUCAUCGACGGUUUCCGUUAUGAUUACAUCGAUGAUCUACAAAACCUGCCGGGGUUUAAAGAAAUUGUGUACAACGGAGUCAAAGUGGAUUACAUGACUCCAGACUUUCCGAGUCUGUCCUUCCCCAAUUAUUACUCCCUCAUGACCGGUCGCCAUUGUGAAGUGCACCAAAUGACAGGGAAUUAUAUGUGGGAUCAGGUCUCGUCAGAGGAAUUCCUAAUUGGAACCAAUCCAGGCAGCCGCUUACCUAUGUGGUGGGAUGGCUCCGAACCCAUCUGGGUAACUCUGCAGAAACAGGGCAAGAGAGUCUACAUGUACUACUGGCCAGGUUGCGAAGUGCAGAUUCUUGGCAUAAAACCAACAUUCUGUGAGAAAUAUGUUGACAGUCCUUCUUUGAAGAAUCUUAGUGAUGCCAUAGAGAAUGGUCUCAAUGUGCUACAGAACGAUGUGGCAGAUAUGGUAGCUGUGUACUAUGAGAACAUCGAUGUCCAGGGGCAUCACUUUGGUCCUGGGUCAGAACAACUGCGGUCUGCUGUCCACACACUGGACAUGGCAUUUCAGAUUUUAAACCAAAAGAUCAAGGAAAAAGACUUGGAAGAUGAACUGAAUGUCAUCAUAUUCUCCGACCACGGCAUGACUGACAUUAGCUGGAAGGAUAGGAUUAUUGAACUAGACACUUACAUAAAUAUGUCAAAUAUCAUAAAGAUGAUGGACAGAGGCCCAGUUGUCAGUCUGUGGCCAGAAGCAGAAAUGUUUGAAAAGAUAUAUACAAAACUGCAGGCGGCCAAAAACAUGAAGGUGUUUCGGAAACAAGAGGUCCCGGAUCGCUUUCACUAUAAGCAGGGAAAAUUUGUCUCGCCAUUAACACUUGUUGCAGAUCCUGGUUGGUUCAUCACUCAGAACCGAGCUUCACUGCCUUACUGGCAGAAUGAUACAGGAGUGCCUCGGGGCUGGCAGAAUGGUUGGCACGGCUAUGACAACGAGUUCUUGGACAUGAGGGGCUUUCUACUGGCUCAGGGACCAGCUUUCAAGAAGAAUUUCCAAGCAGGGCCGAUCAGAUCAGUGGAUGUGUAUAAUUUAAUGUGCAACACCCUUGCCAUCCAGCCUCUUCCCAACAAUGGCUCCUGGUCUCGAGUUGAGUUUAUGCUGAUAGCCUCUGCUAGUGCUGUACAGCCUGUGCUGAUUUACACCUGUGUUCUGGCACUCCUGAUGAUGCUACACUCUGUAAAGCAUUAGAAAUCACACACAUUCACAGCUUUCCUGUUCAAAGCUGCACUAGGGUUUUAAUCAGUGCUGUUUAAAGGCCAUUUGAUGGACAACUGAUGAUUUUGAAAUGAUAUAGUUUAGUUCUUCCUUUUUUAUUAUUAUAAUUAUUUCAUGUGUAUGUACAGUAACUAUAAUCCUCAGUAAAAAUUGUGCCUAUAGCCAAAUAUAGAUCAAAUUUGGCAUAUGUGAAAUGUUGUUUGGGUUAGUAAAGGAGAAUUCAACUCUUGGCACAUACAAAUCGAAUUAAAGCAAAUUUAGGAUUAGCUGCUUGAUUUUUUCAUUAAAAAUAUAUAUUUUUAUGUAUUUUUAUGACUUACUUCACUAUAACAUUGACAUACUUUUAAUUAUAUUACACUAAUUUACCAUUUGUUUAGUGUUAUUAAAGGUUUUGCAUCCAUUUUCCCUUUCCUAUUCCAUUAAGCUUCUGUACUUAAUGUAAAGCAUGAAUGUAUGGUGUUUUAGGUGAAAGUCUUCUUUCUCAUCAUCAACAUUCGGAAGAAGGUAUAUGUGUCAGGUUAAUUAAUCAUGUUCUUUUUAAAAUAAAAGACAUUUUUGUCCUAUUUUAUCAGUAA